GAAAACACCUCCAGGAGAUCCCAUCCUCCAGCAGCAACGUUUCCACCAGCUUCACCUGGGACUCCAGCAAGACCUCAGAGUUUCUCUCAGGCAUGGGAGUGUCUGUCCUUAAGAAGGACAAGCUGGGCAAUGAAAACACACCACAGGAACCGCUGAUGUCCACAUCGCCCUGUCCUCCUCAGAAACGGCAGAAGGUGAAGGAGAAGGAGAAGGACUUUGUCAUUGUGCGCCGGCCUCGGAUGCUCCGAGAGGCAGAGUCAGGUGUUUCUUGGGAUGCACUUCCAGAUGAAUUGCUUUUGGCACUCUUUGCGUAUUUGCCCCUAAAAGACUUGCUAAAAGUUUCCCUGACUUGCAAGAGAUGGCAUCGUCUUUCGUUUGAUGAAUCUCUCUGGCAGAGUCUCGAUCUCACUGGUAGAAAUCUGCCACCAGGAGUGAUUGGACAGUUGCUGCCUGCAGGCGUUACUGUAUUCCGCUGCCCAAGAUCUUGUAUUGGGGAUCCGUUGUUUAAAACAAGCAAACCUCUCAGAGUUCAACACAUGGAUUUGUCAAACUCCACAGUGUCUGUUGCAGAUCUCCAGAGUAUUCUUUGUCUGUGUGAAAAGUUGCAGAACCUCAGCUUGGAGGGACUAGUGCUUUCUGAUGACAUCAUCAAGAGCAUUGCUAAGAAUCCCAGUUUGAUGCGACUGAAUCUCUGUGGGUGUUCAGGGUUUUCUGCAGAAGCGUUGGAGCUGAUGUUGACCAGCUGUGCUAUGUUGGAUGAGCUGAACUUGUCCUGGUGUGACUUCACAGCCACCCAUGUCAAAGCAGCAGUCAAUCAUGUUACUUCAAAAGUAACCCAAUUAAAUUUAAGUGGAUACAGACAGAAUCUACAAAUAGCAGAUGUUAAAAAUCUGGUGGAAAGAUGUCCUUCUCUCAUCCACUUAGAUCUAAGUGACAGCGUGAUGUUGAAGCCUGAGUGCUUCCAGUAUUUUCAGCAACUCAUCUUUCUAAAACAUCUGUGUCUUAGCCGAUGUUACCAGAUAUCACCUGCUGCCUUAGUAAAACUUGGUGAAAUUCCAACAUUAAAGACUCUUCAGGUGUUUGGAAUAGUGACUGAUAGCUCCUUACAGCUCCUCAAGGAAACACUUCCUGACAUAAAGAUCAAUUGUUCACAUUUUACAACUAUUGCGAGGCCAACUGUUGGCAGUAAAAAAACCCAUGAGAUUUGGGGCAUCACGUGCAGGUUGGCACUGAGAAAUCCCAGUUGCUUAUGAUCAUGUACAGUGCACUGGAUGCAAUGGACAUGCUGUGUAUAGUGGAGCUCCUUAAGAAGCAGAAUGCUGGAGCACCUUUAAACACAGUACUGU